AUGGAUUUUGGAUUCAUUUUAUGUUAGUUUUUAGGAAUACAAGAUAUAGCAAUUGAUGGAUUGGCAACUGAUUUGUGCAAAUUAUAUGGAGAAAGUGCUGCUGCAUUAAUAUAGAAUAUUGGUUUUACUAUUGGAAAUUCGCUUCUUGGAAGUUUCCUAUUUAUAGCCCUGCAUUCAUCUCAGCACCGUUCACUUGAAACUUCCUUUUUGAUUUUGUCAAUACUAGGCUUAAUAUUGACUAUCAUCUUACAUCUAAAUCUGUUUGAGUAGGUAGAUAACAAAAAAGCGCAACCACCUUUUAGGAUUUAAAAUAAGAUCCUUCUUUUAAAUGAAACAUGA